AUGGAAUCCUUGAUUCCUGUUAUUAACAAAUUGCAAGACGUUUUUGCCUCUUUGGGAAGACGUGAAGACCACAUUCAACUACCUCAAAUCGUUGUAGUAGGAUCACAGAGCUCUGGAAAAAGUUCUGUAAUAGAGAACCUUGUUGGAAGAGAUUUUCUCCCACGCGGUACUGGUAUUGUUACUAGGAGACCUCUAAUUCUUCAGUUGAACCAUGUCCCUCUUGACGAUCCUAGAAGAAGAGUUUUCGAUGGUAAAGAGUUGAAAGAUGAUUGGGCAGCUUUUGAACAUACUGGAUCUCAAGUAUAUCUGGAUUUCGAUAAAGUUAGAGAAGAAAUAGAAAAAGAAACUGACCGUCUUACUGGAACUAACAAAGGAAUCUCAACAGCGCCUAUUUCUUUAAAAAUUUAUUCACACCGUGUUGUUAACUUAUCACUCGUCGAUCUCCCAGGUAUUACAAAAGUACCAAUUGGUGACCAACCUGUUGAUAUUGAGGAUCAAAUCCGUAACAUGAUUAUUUCUUUUAUUUCAAAUCCCUCAUCUAUUAUUCUCGCUGUUACCCCUGCAAAUCAGGAUUUUGCCACUUCGGAACCUGUGAAGUUGGCACGCGAAGUGGAUAAAGAUGGCCAAAGAACAUUAGCAGUUUUGACGAAAUUAGAUUUGAUGGACCAAGGUACAGAUGCGAUGGAUGUGCUAAUGGGCAAUGUUAUUCCCAUCAAGCUAGGAAUUAUCGGUGUUGUUAAUCGUUCUCAGCAAUCUAUAUUAGAUCAAAAGCCGAUUCUCGAGGCUAUCAAAGAAGAACAAUCAUUCUUCCAAAAGAAGUAUCCUACUUUGGCUAGCAGAAAUGGCACUCUUUAUCUUGCAAAAAGACUGAACAUGCUGCUCAUGCAUCAUAUUAGAAACUGUUUACCUGCUUUGAAAAAUCGGGUUUCCAUGAUGCAAAAUCAAUGCCAAGCGGAUCUUGCUGCAUUUGGUGAACCUGUAGAAGACAAGAACAGAACUCUUCUUCAAAUUAUCACAAGAUUUGCAACAUCGUAUACUUCAACAAUCGACGGAACGUCCACGAAAAUUGAAACUUCUGAAUUGUGUGGAGGUGCCAGAAUUUUCUACAUAUUCCACGAAACAUUUGGGAAGUCUCUUGAAUCUAUCAAUGCUAUGGAAAGCUUAACAACGAUGGACAUCUUAACUGCUAUCAGAAACUCUAUGGGUCCUAGGCCGCCUUUGUUCGUUCCUGUUGUUGCGUUCGAACUUCUUGUCAAGCGUCAAAUUCAAAAACUGGAAGAGCCAAGUUUAAGAUGUGUUGAAUUAGUUCAUGAAGAAAUGCAGAGAAUGGUUCAGCACUGUGGUUUAACAACUCAGCAAGAAAUGGCUCGCUUCCCGAGAUUAUACGAUAAGAUCAAUGAAGUUGUCAGUAUGCUCCUGAAAGAGAGAUUGAAACCUACCAAUUCGAUGGUUGAAAAUCUUGUAAUGAUUGAACUUGCUUAUAUUAACACCAAUCAUCCUGAUUUCCCUGAUGGAAACCUAGCAAACCUUGUAAAAGAGUUAGCGUUGGAUGAGAGACCAGGCAGAACUCGUAAUAGAGCCGUUUCUCAAGGAGAAAGAGCAUUAUCAGCCCACCCAACUGAGGAUUACGAAGUCUUGUUGCGAAGAACUGAUCCGAGUAUAAGUCCCGUAAAACGUCCCGAUAGGCGAAUGGUGAAAUCAGUUCAUUUUUCUGGUGUUGACUUCUUUAAGGAGACGAGUGAAAAACCAGAGCCGAUUCCCGAGAUGAUUAUGCCCAUCAAUGGUGAUUCUAGAGGUUUCUUGGGCUCGUUCUUUGGCACUAAACAGCCUGAAAAGAGUGCUCUACCACAAAGUCCGGCUGUCAAUUUAUUGCCAGACGUGCCAGAGAAGCCAUUACCUCGACGUCUCACUUCCAGUGAACAAAGAGAUUGCUCUAUAACAGAGCGUCUAAUUAAGAGUUAUUUCUAUAUCGCUCGUAAGAAUAUUCAAGAUAGCGUUCCGAAAGCCGUUAUGCAUCAUUUGGUCAAUUAUGUUAGAGAUAAUUUACAAUCUGAAUUGGUCCGCCUUCUAUACCAAACCGAGCUCAUCGAUGAUCUUCUUUCGGAGUCUGCAGACACCGCCCAAAGAAGAAGAGAAACGAUGGAAACAUUAAUGGCUUUGAACAAAGCCAGUGUCAUUAUAGGCGAAGUUCGUGAAACCCAGUUGUGGUGA